UCUUCCGGCUUCGCUCAACCUUGGCUGGAGGACCCGAGGGAGCAGGGCAGCUGGUGGGCGGUGAUGUCGGUGAGUGUGAAAAGCGCCCGCUUUCGGGUUCAGCAGAGCCCUUCGUCAGGCUGGAGGCUAAGCAGAGCAAGGGACAGAGGAGAGGGGUGGGGGAAAGGGCCUGGCGAUGUUGCGGGCACAAAGCCCACAUUUAAUGCAUUUAAUCCCAGUCUUCUAUGGGGAGGAGACUGCAAGCUCAGUUGGGUAAGGGCGUAGUAGUUUGCUCUGCAAGUUUCAGGUUACACCGAGGGCUGCUGGGAGAAAAGAGCACACAAUGGCUGACCCCUCGUUGGUUUUAAUAUAUAUAUAUAUAAUAGAUAAAUAAAACUGACAUGUCUCCACAGCCCCAGAUGGAAAUCUGCAAUCUCCUCCAACCCUCCCUCUUAAAGCUGUUACUAAAUACUAUAUUUAAUAACGCACACCUUCUUGUUUGCUUAACAGUCUCUUGACAGCAGGAAGCGGAAAGGUUGGCCUCUGUUUUCCUAUAUUUUGGCUAUUGUGUCCAAAUCGAUGCCGUUUGAGAGGUCUUGGGAUCGCUUCCAGACUGUCACUAUUUUUGAGCGUUUCGGGUAUUUGGGGGAUUCAGUCACAUCGGUACAGCCAAUAGAGGUUUCCCAACUGACGUUACUGGCUCAAACCACAGCAAAAUCUUUACAGUGCAGAGAGGAAACAGCAAAGUCAUCAAUUUUCUCAACUGAAAUUGAAGUUUUUUUGUGGGGGCGGGAAUGCAGAUGAAAACACAGACAUUCAUAAUUCAACAGCAACAACAAUCUCUUCUUAAGAUUUGGAAGCAUGCAUUGUCGCUGAAUAUUGACCUUAUUCUUUGUUUCCAUUUGGCAGAAGCAUUACCCAUGAAGAAUAUUGAUUUAUGAUUAUACCCUGCAGAGAGAGGGUAAUAUUUUCAGGCAAUGCAUUGAUUUUUGGAGGGAACAAGUACUUGGAGUGCUUCUGGCUCAGCCCCGUUUUUUACUACAGUGUCUGCUGAGCUGAGAAAUGUGUCUGCCUGGAUCUCCAGCUGCAUUAGCAGGACUGAAGCAGAAGGGGAUUCAGUGCGCCUUGAAUCAGAGAAAGGAAGAGAAAAGGGCCUUUCUGUCGACGUGGUCAAGAUUACUAGGAAAUUCUAUCAAAGGCGGAGUGCUCCAGACAUAUUAUGAAAAAGGUCUUGAAAUAGAUGAUGAGAGGAUUAUAAUUUUAAAAGAGGUUUUGAAGAAGAGAGAGAAUUACAGUGGUACCUCGGGUUACAUACGCUUCAGGUUACAGACUCCACUAACCCAGAAAUAGUUCUUCAGGUUAAGAACUUUGCUUCAGGAUGAGAACAGAAAUCUUGCUCCGGCGGCACGGCAGCAGCAGGAGGCCCCAUUAGCUAAAGUGGUGCUUCAGGUUAAGAACAGUUUCAGGUUAAGAACGGACCUCUGGAACAAAUUAAGUACUUAACCCAAAGUACCACUGUAUAAAUUUUUGACGGAGGCCCUUUAAAAAAAAUAUAUCUGCUUUAGAUGGGAAUUCCCUGAAGGGAUUUCCUUUACUUAUAAAGGCAAAAAACAAAGGUGUGUAGAUUUAGACAGAACUAUAUGGGAAACAGAUUCAAAAGAAAGGAAAUUACCAAAUGCUUUUUUCUUAUAUGGUGUCCAAUCUCCCUUCCCAUCAGGGCAACAGGGUCUUUCAACAGUCAAAGCUUUCCCCAAAGGAUCCUGGGAACUGUAGUUUGUUAAGCAUCCUCAGAGUUCGUAGGAGUCCCCUCCCCAUAUUUUCCUCACAGAGCUAUAAUUCCCAGAGUGGUCCUCUUUCCUUUUCUGCCCCUCUUUACUGAACAAGAUCUCUGCUGCUCUGUUGCUAGGUUCUGAGUCCGCAGAAGCAAGAAAAAAUGAAUCUCCCCGAGACAGAGGACGCUCUUCAAGACACUUGGCAGGGAUUGCUCUUCCAGGAUAUCAAGCAAGAGGCCGAUGAUGGAGUUGCUACCUUCUCAGGCAAGGAUCCUCUUUGCUUGAUUGCCCUCUCAUCCUAUCCUGGGACUCCCGCCCCCUCCAAUUUGACACCAAAGGAUCAGUAUUGACCACUUUGGGAAACUGUGCUCUAGAGAUGGGGAACAAUAGACAUUCUGCUGUUAAUCACCAUGAUUACUGGUCAUUUAUAGAUCUAAUCUCCAUGAAUUUAGAGUCACACAUACCCUGGUUGGUUGGUUUUUAAAGCCGGAGAUUAUUUAAUUAUUUGAUGUAUUUAUUAUCCCACCUUUCUACCACGGCAGCUUACAGGUCAGUACAGUCAAACCUCGGCUCCUGAACGGCUCUGUUUUCAAACGUUUUGGCUUCCGAAUGCUGAAAACCUGGGAGUAAAUGCUCCGGUUUUCUAAUGUUUUUCGGAAGCCAAUCGUCCGACGUGGCUUCCGCUUGAGUGCAGGAAGCUCUUGCAACCAAUCGGAAGCCGUGCCUCAGUUGUCGGACGUUUCAAAAGCCAAAUGGGCUUCCAGAAUGGAUUAUGUUCAACAACCUGAGGUUUGACUGUAUCAAAUACAAAGGAAUAAAACUAUCUUGACAGGAAACAAUAGUUAAAAGUACAUUGAAACACAUUUAAAACCAGGCUUAAGAUGCAGUUUGCCCUGACAGCGGCCUAGUGGUCUGCAUCGCCUGCACCUUGGUUUUCAAAAGCCUGGAUUAAUAGGAAGGCCUUAGGAUAACAAAUAGGAAAGCAGUUUAACAUCUCCUGAGAGGUAAUUCCACAAUAUGGGGGCUGCCACAGAAAAGGCUCUGUGCUUCUGACAGAGAGAAUGGUCUCACCUGAGGAGCUCAGCACCCAGGCAAGUUCGUAUAGGGAGAUCUGAUGUUUCAGGUGGGGCUUCCAAGCACUUUUCAAAGGCAGCCCCACCUAGAGCAGGUUACAGUAGUCUAACUGGGAUGUAAUUCAGGCAUGUGGCACCGUCGCUGUUUCCAUGCAGCUGCUCCUAGUGUGUAGCCAGUGUUCCUUCCUUCCUUUCUCUGCCCCUCCAUCUCUCUCCAAAAAAAAAAGACGCACAUUGCAAUUCUGUUCUUAUUCCGGCAGGUGAUGAGUGGAUGUGUGGGAAUGAGCCAAAUCAGGCUGGAAACCCUGCGGAAGUGGAACCACAUGCGAUGCUACUGAGAGGAGCAGAACAGAAUUUAUCUUGGAGCCCCAAUCUGGGAGAUGAAGCCUCUGAGAGCCAGCAGGGAAACUGCCUAGCAGAAGAGGAGGACAACUUGAUUGAUCACCAGGGCAGGUACGAGGAACUGGAGGACAGAAUAUUCCAGCAGGGUCUCCCCGAGGAUCAGCACGAAAAAGGACCCCUUGGGUGUGUAGAAGUCUUAAGGGAGACGUCUGAUCUUCUGGCACAUGGAAUAAUCCAAGCCAACAGAGCUCUGUUCAAAUGCCCAGAUUGUGGCCAAAACUUUAACAGUAGAUCGGUCCUCAUUAAACAUCAGAGGAUCCACACGGGAGAGAAGCCUUUCAAGUGCUCCGUUUGUGGGAAGGGCUUCCGCCAACACUCUCACCUUGUUAACCACGAGAGAAUCCACACCGGAGAGAAACCGUACAGCUGUCCCAGCUGCGGGAAAAGCUUUGGUGACCCCUCACACCUCAUCAGGCACAAGAGGACCCACAUGAGAGAGAGGCCGUACAAGUGCUUGGUGUGUGGAAAGAGUUUCUGCACAGGGAACGAGCUUCUCAUGCAUGAGAGAAUCCACACGAGCGAGAAACCGUGCCAGUGCGCUGCCUGUGGGCAAAGCUUCACCAGGAUGUCGGUCCUCAUUAGCCACCAGAGGAUGCAUACAGGGGAGAAGCCACACAAAUGCUCCGAGUGCGAGAAGUGCUUCCAAUACAAUUCGCAGCUCGCAAAACAUCAGAGAAUCCACACAGGAGAGAAGCCCUACGAAUGCUCCGAGUGCGGGAAGUGCUUCCGGCAGCAUUCCCAGCUCGUGAACCACCAGGGCAUCCACACGGGCGAGAAGCCCUACAAAUGCCCCGAGUGCGGGAAGUGCUUCCGGCAGCAAUCGCAACUUGUGAAACACCAGAGGAUCCACACGGGAGAGAAGCCCUACAAGUGCGCGGAGUGCGGAAAGUGCUUCCGGCAGCACUCUCAGCUCGGGAGCCACCAGAGAAUCCACACAGGGGAGAGGCCAUAUGCGUGUUCAGAUUGUGGCAGGGCCUUCAGCGACCCGUCUCACCUCAACAGACACAAAAGAACCCAUACCGGAGAGAAACCUUGCGAGUGCUCUGUUUGCGGGAAGAGCUUUAGCACCAGUGCCUAUCUUACGACUCACAUGAGAAUCCACACAGGAGAGAAACCGUAUCAGUGCUCAGAGUGUGGGAAAAGCUUCAACCACAAUUCAGGUCUCCUUGCCCAUGAGAGAAUCCACAGGGGAGAGAAGCCAUAUAAAUGCCCGGAAUGUGGCCAAAGCUUUAGCAGCAGAUCAGUCCUCAUUAAACAUCAGAGAAUCCACACGGGAGAAAAACCUUUCAAAUGCUCCAUUUGUGGGAAGGACUUCCGCCAGCACUCGCAGCUCAUGAACCACGAGAGAACCCACACGGGGGAGAAACCCUUUAGCUGCCCCGACUGCGGGAAAAGCUUUGGGGACCCCUCGCACCUGAUCAGGCACAAGAGGACCCACACACGAGACAGGCCGUACAAAUGCCUGGCCUGUGGGAAGAGCUUCUGCACAGGGAACGAGCUACUUGUGCACGAAAGGACCCACACGAGCGACAGGCCGUGUCGGUGCUCGGAAUGCGGGAAAUGCUUCCGGAGGAGGUCAGCCCUUAUCAGUCACCAGAGAAUCCACACGGGAGAGAAGCCGUACAAAUGCUCCGAGUGCGGGAAGUGCUUCCGAGAGCGCUCCCCGCUUGUGAAACACCAGAGAAUCCACACAGGGGAGAAACCGUACACAUGUUUGGAGUGUGGGAAGUGCUUCCGUCAGCUCUCGCAGCUUGUGAACCACCGGAGAAUCCACACAGGGGAGAGGCCGUUCGUGUGUCCCGAAUGUGGGCGGAACUUCAGCGACCCCUCGCACCUCUUCAGGCACAAGAAAAUCCACGUAGCACGAGAAACCUUGUAAAGGUUUGCGUCGUCUACCUUCUUCCUCAUCCGAGAAUCCAAAUCAUUGAGUUAGGAGAGAAACCGUAUCAGCAAUCGAGAGUGCAGGGUAAAAGCUUCGACCACGUUUAUGGCUCCACAGCAGAGAGAAACUGUACAAAGGCAUAGAUUGCAGGAAAAGCUUCCAUGGUGGCUGACGGAUCAUCGCACACAGGAAAGCAAAAACGGUGCAGAAAGAAGAUUAUGGGGGCAGAUUUUUUUAGCCAGGCUGAGCUAGUUUCUCAUCAGAGCAGGGUUGGUCUCAAAACUGUUCACCUCCAGCAAACACUUAAAAGAAGAAGAAGAGUUUGGAUUUGAUAUCCCACCUUUCACUCCCCUUCAGGAGUCUCAAAGCGGCUAACAUUCUCCUUUCCCUUCCUCCCCCACAACAAACACUCUGUGAGGUGAGUGGGGCUGAGAGACUUCAAAGAAGUGUGACUGGCCCAAGGUCACCCAGCAGCUGCAUGUGGAGGAGCGGAGACUCGAACCCGGUUCCCCAGAUUACGAGACUACCGCUCUUAACCACUACACCACACUGGCACCACAAGGGCUGAAACUUACUUAACCCACCAGCAACAAACGUGAGGCCCACCAGUCACAAGAUGCGAGGGCAGAGCCAGUCGCAAAAUAGUGGCAGAUCUGAGAUGAAAUUCAGCACAGUCAGCUGAAAACCACUGCUCCCUGAUCUCAGUUUCUAAAUUCUUUGCCUUAGCAAUUUCCCUGUAACACAGAGUUCCACAGUUCAGCUUUCCUCAAGCUGUGAGCAGUAUCAUGGAAGAAUCAUGAUAGCUUUGUUUUAGGCAGAAUUUUGCUCUAAGUGGAGAAGUCAAAUUAUUUUAUGUUUCCUUUCUCUCCAUGCAUCUCUCACAAGUACUUUUAUUCACCUCCUGCUAUUUCUUCUCCUUUCCUCCCUUCACCGUUCCCUAUGCCCACUCCAAGCUGCCAGUUUCUUUCAUUCCUCCUAUAACAGCUUUCUUCCUUCUUUCCUUUCAUUGCUAUUCUCAGGUGUGUGGGGAUUUCUUACGGGAAGGGCGAAAUAUUAUUAUUGUUAUUUGAAAUAUUAACCUUUGAAUAUGUGAUUUCCCUCAAUAUUUCCUCUGGCCGGUUCCCUCCAGAGGAAGAACUUCAUUUCUUCCUGCUCCUCUAAAUUUCUGUCUCCCAGGAAACUUGACCCGGUGUGCAAUAAAAUUAUGGUGCUGACAUUGGUCCAACAGUUUGGGAACCAGACAGGCGAGUGAGGAGAAAGCACUGGGCAGGUGAUGGCGCUGAACUCCACCUGAGAGUGGAUUGAGAUUCCUGGCCCGCUGUUUUAAGAAAUACGGUUUGCCCAUGGGCAAAAGAAGCCUGAUGGACUAUUCCCAGUUUAAUGAACACCUGUUUACACACAGAACAUAGGAAUAGCCUGCUGGAUCAAGCCAGGGGCCCAUCUAGUCCAGCAUUCUGUUCUCACAGUGGCCAACCAGAUGCCUCAAUGGGAAGCUGGCUAGCAGGACUGAUAAAACUGUCCCUAAAUCAGUGGGUGGCACUGUGGUCUAAACCACUGAGCCUCUUGAGCUUGCCAAUCCUAAGGUUGGUAGUUUGAAUCCCCGUGACGGGGUGAGCUCCCAUUACUCUGCCCCAGCUCCUGCCAACCUAGCAGUUUGAAAGCACACCAGCGCGAGUAGAUAAAUAGGUACCACUGUGGCGGGAAGGUAAACGGCGUUUCCGUGCACUCUGGCACUCAUCACGGUGUCCUGUUGCGCCAGAAGCUGCUUAGUCAUGCUGGCCAUAUGGCUCAGAAAGCAGUCUGUGGACAAACACCGGCUCUCUUGGCCUGAAAGCGGAAUUGAGUGCUGCACCCAAAGUUGAAUUCGACUGGACUUAACCAGAGGUCCUAUACAUUUACCCCAAAUCAGCCAUAAAGUUAUAAGCUAAAAAGGUGUUGAUUUUGGACUAUUGCAGAAUGGUAGGGUGUGUGAAAGUAAGAUGUUGAGACUGUAGUGGGUCAAAAUUUUGGGGUUGGAAAUAUAUUAAAAUUUUGAUCCACAACCGUCUCGGUAUCGGCUUACUGGUGCUGAUAGGUUUGUUCAGGGUGGUCACGCAGUAUGAAUACAGCAGCCACACAAUCCCUGCUGGGUUGUAGAGCUCUUCCUCCAACAGGGAUGAGCCUGACAGGCUGGAUUGGACAGGAGGCCCAGCCAGCAUCCUGAUUUCCCAGUGGCCAAACAGAUGCCCAAUGGAACCCCAAAAGCAGGACCUGCGUGCAAUAGCACUUUGCCCACUUGCGAUUCCCAGCAGCUGUUAUCCAGAGGUAAACUACCUCUGGCGGUAGAGGUACAACUUAGCCAGCUUUAUGCCCCAUGAAUUUGAUUUAAAGCCAUUGCAUCCUGCAGCAGCGAGUUCCAUAGUUAAACUCUGUGCUUGCCCUGAAUCUUCUAACAUUCUGCUUUGCUGGAUGUCCCCGAGUUAUUAAAAUGUGUUCUGAGAAUGUAAGAACAGCUGGAUCAGGCAAAGGAGCCCACCUGGUCCAGCUUCCUUAAUUCCUCCAAACAUCCAGCCAGAGUCCUCUGCCAUAGCAGAGCAUAAAGGACACAUCCCUCCUAUGCAACUGAUACCCUGGCCCUAGAGAUGGAGUCUCCAUUCGGCUGCCAUGCCUUUGCUUAGGGUUGCCAAAACUUGUUUUAGACAACCCCCAGAUUCAGGACAAAGCACCACCUUUCAGAAAUUCACCCUGGACAUUCUCCCACACAUUAGUUAUGUGACUGCCACCUUUAUUCUAGAUUUUUUACCAUUUUUAAACAGGUGUGGGUAGAGACCUCAGUAAGCUCAUGUCAGGAUUGGAGAAUUGUUCCUUUCCCAGUCAUGAGAGCACUGUGUUGAUGGUUCAGGAGGGAGAUACUUCCAAAUGUGGUCCAUGUUGAAUUAUUCCAUAUUUCUGAAGUUAUGUAUAAUCCAUGGAGAAAUAAAUAUUUGCAGGGAGGGAAUUGGCUUUCAGGUACUCAAAAUUCUUCUAGAACUUUUGGGGGGAGUUUUGCUACCCGAAUAAAUUAUCACCUUGCUUGGCAUAACCUAGUCUGCAGUUUAUUUCUAUUUUGCAAAAAGAUAUGAUAAAUUAUGGGGAGAAGGAAGGAGAUAUGCAGGACCCUCUAGCUAGAUUCCAGCUCUGGGAUCUCUGAUGGACCCUUACUGGGUUCUGUGAUUUUAGCAAGCAUCACCCACAUUGUCUUUCAAGCACCUCUGAAUCCACAAGGACUAGAAAUUUGCAUUUUAAAAAACUGAGUUCCUUAGGAGACUUGAGUUGUCUUUUCUCAUAUUCCCUUUUUGGUGUACCUACAUUCACAGCCUGUGCAGAACUGUACUUAUGGUUUAACACACCAUCCACAAAUAAAAAAAAUAUUUUGGAAAGAGCAG